UGCCAGCUAUACCCAGCCUGGCACCGAGCACACUGCCAGCUAUACCCAGCCCGGCACCGGGCACACUGCCAGCUAUACCCAGGUAGGGGCACUGCCAGCUAUACCCAGCCUGGCACCGAGCACACUGCCAGCUAUACCCAGCCUGGCACCGAGCACACUGCCAGCUAUACCCAGGUAGGGGGCACACUGCCAGCUAUACCCAGCCUGGCACCGAGCACACUGCCAGCUAUACCCAGCCCGGCACCGAGCACACUGCCAGCUAUACCCAGCCCGGCACCGGGCACACUGCCAGCUAUACCCAGCCCGGCACCGGGCACACUGCCACCUUUACCCAGCCUGGCACAGAGCACACUGCCAGCUAUACCCAGGUAGGGCGGCACACUGCCAGCUAUACCCAGCCUAGCACCAGGCACACUGCCAGCUUCACCCAGGUAGGGACACACUGCCAGCUAUACCCAGCCUGGCACCGAGCACACUGCCAGCUUCACCCAGCCCGGCACCGAGCACACUGCCAGCUAUACCCAGCCUGGCACUGAGCACACUGCCAGCUUCACCCAGGUAGGGGGGCACACUGCCAGCUAUACCCAGCCUGGCACCGGACACACUGCCAGCUUCACCCAGGUAGGGGGGCACACUGCCAGCUAUACCCAGACUGGCACCGAGCACACUGCCAGCUUCACCCAGGUAGGGGGGCACACUGCCAGCUAUACCCAGCCUGGCACCGAGCACACUGCCAGCUAUACCCAGCCCGGCACCGGGCACACUGCCAGCUAUACCCAGCCCGGCACCGGGCACUCUGCCACCUUUACCCAGCCUGGCACAGAGCACACUGCCAGCUAUACCCAGGUAGGGGGGCACACUGCCAGCUAUACCCAGCCUUGCACCGAGCACACUGCCAGCUUCGCCCGGCACCGAGCACACUGCCAGCUUCGCCCGGCACCGAGCACACUGCCAGCUAUACCCAGCCCGGCACCUAGCACACUGCCUGGUAUACCCAGGUAGGGGGGCACACUGCCAGCUUCACCCAGCCCGGCACCGAGCACACUGCCAGCUAUACCCAGCCUGGCACCGAGCACACUGCCAGCUUCACCCAGGUAGGGGGGUACACUGCCAGCUUCACCCAGCCUGGCACCGAGCACACUGCCAGCUAUACCCAGCCUGGCACCGAGCACACUGCCAGCUUCACCCAGCCUGGCACCGAGCACACUGCCAGCUAUACCCAGCCUGGCACCGGACACACUGCCAGCUUCACCCAGGUAGGGGGGCACACUGCCAGCUAUACCCAGCCUGGCACCGGACACACUGCCAGCUUCACCCAGGUAGGGGCACCGAGCACACUGCCAGCUUCACCCAGGUAGGGGCACCGAGCACACUGGCACUGGCACUGGGCACACUUCCAGCUAUUCCCAGGUAGGGGGGCACACUGCCAGCUAUACCCAGCCUGGCACAGAGCACACUGCCAGCUAUACCCAGGUAGGGGGGCACACUGCCAGCUAUACCCAGCCUGGCACCGAGCACACUGCCAGCUAUACCCAGCCCGGCACCGGGCACACUGCCAGCUUCACCCAGGUAGGGCGGCACACUGCCAGCUAUACCCAGCCCGGCACCGAGCACACUGCCGGCUAUACCCAGCCUGGCACCGAGCACACUGCCUGCUUCACCCAGGUAGGGGGGCACACUGCCAGCUAUACCCAGCCCGGCACCGAGCACACUGCCAGCUAUACCCAGCCCGGCACCAGGCACACUGCCAGCUUCACCCAGGUAAGGGCACACUGCCAGCUUCACCCAGCCCGGCACCGGGCACACUGCCAGCUUCACCCAGGUAGGGGGCACACUGCCAGUUUCACCCAGGUAGGGGCACACUGCCAGCUUUACCCAGCCCAGGAGUCAGGUAGGGGCAGCGGACCAGCUUUACUCUGCCCAGGAGCCAGAUAGGGGGCACAGUGCCAGCUUUACCCAUCUAUACCCAGCACCGAGCACACUUCAAUCUAUACCCAGGUAGGGGCGCACUGCCAUCUAUACCCAGCCCAGCACACUGACAGCUUCACCCAGCCCAGCAUCAAGCACACUGACAGCUUUACCCAGCUCAUGAGCCUAGUGCCAGCUUUACCCAGCCCAGGAGCCAGGUGGGAGGCUAGUGCCAGCUUUACCCUGCACAGGAGCCAGGUAGUGGCACAGUAUCAGCUUUAACCAGCCCAGGAGCCGAGCCAGGUAGGGGGCACAGUGCCAGCUGUACCAAGCCCAGGAGCCAGGUCGGAGCCUUGUGCCACCCUUACCUAGGCCAGGAGCCAGGUAAGGGAACACAGUGCCAGCUUUACGAUACCUAGGAGCCUAGUUCCAGCUUUACCAAGCUCAUGAGCCAGAUAGGGGCACAGUGCCAGCUUUACCCAGCCCAGGAUCCAGGUUGGAACCUAGUGGCAGCUUUACUCGGCCAAGGAGCCAGGUAGGGGCACAGUGCUAGCUUUACCCAGCCCAGGACCCAGCUAGCUUUACCCACAGUGCCAGCAUUACCCAGUCCGGGAGCCAAGUAGGGGGAACAGUGCUAACUUUACCUAGCACAGGAGACAGGUAGGAGCACAGUGCCAGCUUUACCCAGCCUAGGAGCCAUGUAGGGGCACACUAUAAAGGGUACAUUGCAGGGGUAAGGUAUAGGUGUAGUGCCUGCUUCAGUCUUUCUCAAGGGCAAGCUAGGGCUCUAAUAGCAGUAAAAUGCCCACAGUAGCAACAUAGAGGUAUAAUUUUAGUAUCCCCCGUAGAAGCUAGUUAGGGACACAGUUCCAGCUUUACCAUCCCAGAAGCCAAUUGAUAUUAAGUAGUUAUUAUGCCAGCUUUACCAAUCCUGAAAACAAGGUUAAUGUAUAAUGCCAAUCUGCCCACCAGGAGAAGGUGCCAGCGUUACUGUCCCAGGAGUAAAUUAGAAGUUUAAUGCCACUUAUAAGCACCCCAUUCGCUAUGUAGAGACACAGCGCCAGCGUCACCCUCCCCAGAGGUUUAGAACAUCUGAAUUCUUUAAAUAACAAGCCGGGGUGCCCGGUAUCUGCUCUGUAUUGUUAGAAUUAAGAGCACAGAUUAUCACCCUCAUAGACGGCAAAUUUCAGGCUACAUUUCCUGUCAAUUUAAAACAGCGCAAUUUUCCUUUUGGCAAAACCUUUUUUUUCUUUUUCCCCCCCCUGUUUCGAUUUGUGUUAUAUGCACUUAUUUCAUAUUAUCAUGCAGUGUGAUCUAUACAUCGGUGGAGCAGAUAGAAAAUAUAUUUCCCAAAUAAAAGCUGCUUCUUACUUGUAAUUCAGGGCAUGACAUUAGCUGGAUUGUAUAAUCGGCCUGGGUCUCUUGGAUCUGAUAUGUGGUUUAACAACCGGGAAAGAUCUUAUGCGUUUAAAUCCCCUGUAUGUGCUCAUGCACAUAUUAUGCCCAUAUUAUUCUAUCUGUCACCUCUUGCUUGGUUUAGAAUUAAGGGGUUACCCAUACACCGGCAUUGAUUGAUUGAAAAUUCACUUAUUCUUCAAGGUUUUAAGGGAACCUUGCAAGAAUCCUAUCCACUGCAGCCUGCCGUAGUGGUUAUGGUGUCAGCAGUGCCCAGACGCCAUCCAAUAGUAAACUGUCCAACCAUUUUAGCAUGGUUUGGCAAGUUACCUGGGCGCCCACGCCACAUCUGAUCUUCUGCAGGAGAAGCUGGAUGUGUUUCUGUUCAGCUUGCACGGGUGAUCUAGGACUGCCCUGAUAGGCUGCAGAGCUCAGCUGAUGCCCUCAGCCAAAUCUGCAAAGACUCUCAGUACAGCAUGAAUCAAAAAGGGUUAUAUAAUAAUUUUUUGUGCAUUGUAAGGUUUGACAAUUGCAAAGAAUUCCUGUUUUGCAAUAAGAAGUGUGUGUGUGUACGCCCCUUCGUUUAAGAGGAAAUACCAUCAUCUAGCAGGCACCUCCUUUUUGCGUUACUUGACUGCAUGCUAAUUGCCCUUGUUGCACCAUUCAAUCACCUGUUCCAUUUCUCCAGGUACCUUGUUGAAUGUUCUUAAUAAGCGGGUUAUGUGUGCAGAGAUUAUUAAAUCCAUCUCCCAGGAAUUUGCAAUGUCACGCUGUGCAGAAUAGCUCUCCAACGAAAUCUCGCCAAUCGUGCCAUGAGUUAAUUUUUCAGAAUAUUGUUUACAAGCUGUGAGCUUGUUCUGAGCAGGGUUCUCCCCACAUUCUGUUCCUAGAUAUAGACUGGUCCUAUUACAGAUACUUGUUCGUUAGCCCACUUAUUGUACAGCUCUACAGAACAUGUUGGUGCUUUAUAAAUUACAAUAACAAGCAGUGGGCAGAACAGUCUUAUACAUCAGAAACAUAGCACACGGCUGAACAAGGUUAUACAUAUCAGAAAAAUUGCAUUCUGCCGAACAAUAUUAUAUAGCUUAACCACCCCUCCUGCAGAACUAUAUUAUAUACCUUAACCACCCCUCCUGCAGAACAAUAUUAUAUAGCUUAACCACCCCUCCUGCAGAAUAGUAUUAUUUAGCUUAACCAGCCCUCCUGCAGAACAAUAUUAUACAGCUUAACCGCCCUUUCUGCAGAAUAAUGUUAUAUAGCUUAACCAGCCCUCCUGCAGAAUAAUAUUAUAUAGCUUAACCACUCCAUUCUGCAGGGCAGUUUAAUGCAAUUUUACCGCAGCAUUCUGUAGCAAUGUGUUGCGCAGCUCUGCUACAAAUAUGCAGCUUCAUCGUAACAUUCUCCAUCACAUAUACAGCUUCAACAUGUAUACAGCUUUCACAUGGCAUUCUGCAGCACGAUGUUUUAUUCAUGUUAUACAGUGUUAUAGAGCACAGCCGUGGCAUUCUCUCAGCCGUGGCAUUCUCUUCAUGUAAUAGAGCUCAGUCGUGGCAUUCCUCUAGUCAUGUUGUAGAGCUCAGCUGUGGCUUUCUAUUCAUGUUAUAGAGCUCAGCUGUGGCAUUCCUCCAUUCAUGUCAUAGAGCUCAGCCGUGGCAUUCCUCCAUUGAUGUCAAAGAGCUCAGGCGUGGCAUUCCUCUAUUCAUGUUAUAGAGCUCAGCCGUGGCAUUCCUCUAUUCAUGUUAUAGAGCUCAGCCGUGGCAUUCCUCUAUUCAUGUUAUAGAGCUCAGCUGUGGCAUUCCUCCAUUCAUGUUAUAGAGCUCAGCUGUGGCAUUCCUCCAUUCAUGUUAUAGAGCUCAGCUGUGGCAUUCCUCCAUUCAUGUUAUUAUAGAGCUCAGAUGUGGCAUUCCUCCAUUCAUGUUAUUAUAGAGCUCAGCUGUGGCAUUCCUCCAUUCAUGUUAUUAUAGAGCUCAGAUGUGGCAUUCCUCCAUUCAUGUUAUUAUAGAGCUCAGCUGUGGCUUUCAAUUCAUGUUAUAAAGCUCAGCUAUGGCAUUCCUAUAUCCAUGUUAUACAGGCUUAUAGAGCUCAGCAGUGGCAUUCUAUUCAUGUUAUAGAGCUUAGCCGUGGCUUUCUAUUCAUGUUAUGUUGAGAAAUUUUAGUCAUAAACUUCAUUUUAAAACGCCGAGUUGACUUAUCCACGGGUCAGUGCUAGUUUUUUACAUUGACUGCGGGGCAAUGUCGACCCCGAAUGCCGCUGUUCCAACUGGUCGGGAAGUCGAACGGGCAGGUGUACAAGUUUCAGCGGGGUUCGCAGGCUUGUGUAGCCGACUCCGAGAUCCAUGCCGUCGACGACCAUGUACCGCUGCCUGCGAUUGGUUUGGGAGAGAAGUUUGUUUGAACACAUGCGUUUGUAUAUAUGAAUGGCGGUCACCCAGGGAAUGCUUGUUUGUGGUUAACAGCCAGGGGUGGUCGGUAAUUACAAGAUGUUAACAUGGGGGACCACGUAGAGUCUGUUCGGUAACUGAACAGAAGGGGAUCAAUUCCAUUUGAAUGCAGGAGGAUAUCAGAGGAAAAAAAGAUACAAAUAAGGGAACACGUACCCUCGACUUAUCCACGAGUCGUUGCAUAUUUCACAAUUGCAUUCGACUUCUAGAUGAGUAUAUACGCUCUGUUCUGGCGUCCUGAAACACGUGUAAUAUAAGGACCAUUAACAUUUUGCUAUUGAAUGAAAUGGCUGUCUGUAUGCAGUAUGCUAUGAAUGCAGUGCGUGCAUUGCUACCUUUUAUUAUUGAUCAGGAUAUUGAUCGCUCAGAUCUACCCACGAGCAUCACAGACAGGUAUUCCUGUUUCUGUUAUCCAACUCCCUGGCAACAAGCGAGGCGGCAGUUAACAAUUAGAGUCAUGUGAGCCUCUCCCUCCCCUACCAAUAUGUACAGCAUGUUCGCCUUUUACAAUUCUCAGCGUAGGAGUCUUGUGGUAUCCAAUGAAGUAACGGAAUUGGAGAAUGUUUGUUUGUUUUUAAAUUAUACUAUUUUUGCCUAAAAUGUCCAUUCUUCAUUUAUGUUAUGAUCUUUGUUAGUAAAUACUUACUGUCAGUCAUCCGGUUUGAGAUACACCUCUCAUAGGGCACAAAAUGCGCUGGUAUUCUGCAAAAAACAAUGCCCUUUUUUUUUUUUUUUUUUUUUUUUUUUUUUUUUUUUUUUUUUUUUUUUUUUUUUUUUCAUUGGUUCAUUAGUUUUAAUCUAAAUAGACAUGAAUUUUGGGUACGUUGUAUUGUCUUCAUUAACGUGGCUCAGUGUGUCUGGGAACGAUUUUGAUUUGAUAAAGAAUAUGAUAUCUGUGGUAUUAAUGCUGCAAUAUCUUAGUGUUGGCUGUCACUAUCUCUAGAUUAAUAACAUUAUUUAUAGCAUGCAUAGCAAAUGAGUCAUUGUUAAUUCACACAUUCAGCAUUUUGUUUUACAUUGCAUACAGUAUUGCAAAAUGUUGGGAACUCCCCCCUCCCCCCAAAUUACAACUCAUCAUGUUAUCUUUCACAUUCAGCUUUUUUUCAAUCAAAUUUAGCAAUUUACCUUGCCCUUGACUGUACUCAGAGAAUCUAGUCUAGAUUGAAAGGUAUUCAUAAAGACUGCACAGGUAGUAUGUGUUUUACCGGAUUAGUGGACACUGAAUGUUGUUUAGACCAUCACAGUAUCUGUGCCAGUGUGAUAGGUCAGUUGGUUAAUGCAGCAACCAUAGAACCUGUUAAAUGAUCCGAUUUGAUUACUGAGGGACAUCUCAGAUUUCUGUUCUUGUGAGUCUUUAAAACAUUUCACGUUAUAACGUUUAUUAAUAUAUCUUUGUAGGGCCAUAGAUCUUUAGCUUUGAAGAGUUUAUAGGUUUUAUUCCCUCCACCAGCCUCUCUGUUGUCAGUAGAUCUAAUUAUAAGUGUGAUAUUUUGGUGGAACGCGGCAAACAAAAGUUGGGUCCUUACCGCCUACUGCCUAACUGUCUUUCCUCUUUUUGUUCCCACGUGCUGUCCUUGCAAAAAUGACAUUGCCCAACUGCAUGGACAAAGGCUUAAGUAUUUUCGGAUCCCUUUACAUUUUAUAUUUGUUCAUUAACCCCUUCUGAACCAGCGCCAUUUCAAGACGGUCAUCCUAGAAAGGAUUUGUAUAACCCGGAUCAUGGAGAAGUUAAAUACACACCAUUCUGUACAUCCUUUGUUUUUAGAACAUUUUUUGUUAAAUGAUCACAAUACUCUUUAUAAAACAAUAACCUUUACACAAAGUGACUUGUGACAAUGCGCCAGAGUUAUUCUAAUAUUCUGCACCUUGUUUGCUUUUACGUUUCUGUUCUUGUUUACGUGGUAUGUUUUGUCGUUUUUUUAUUUUUUAGUCUACAUUGUUUUGUUUUUCUGUGUAUUUCUGAAACUGGAGUACACAUUGAGGGUUCCCAGGGUGAAACACGAGUAAUACAUUUCCUAGAAUGGAACAGUUACUUUUUUACGAGGGGAUUGCAAAGGAAUGCAACUUCCAUUAUAUUCUAUUUACUAGCUAGCUAUUCAGAAUGAGGGAUUCUCGGUAAUGGCCCUAGGCCAGUAUUCUAUCUUGUAGUAAAAGUUCCCAUGAUGCAUGUGGAGUGACGCAACCGAUACUACCUAAGGCACCAAGACGUGUCUAACCCUUUCCACCACUGCAGCCUUUUAAUGUAAGGAAAGCUCUCCUCAGGGCUUUCUGUGUGGGAAUCUGAUCUUUUUUAAGGGAUAAUUAUGGGGAAAUUGUAUGUUACAGGGUGUGUGUGUGAAAAUCUGCGUUACCCUGCGAGACUAAUUCCUUCCAACACCCCCAUUUUAAAGGAAAGAUCUGCACAUCUGAUCUUAUUGCGGCCUUAUUUGAGGUUGUUUUGUAGCUUGAUAUCAUUAUUUAAAUAGCGCCAACAAAUUCUGCAACGCUGUACAAUUCAUGGACUAACAGACAUAUAUUUGCAGCAAGACGAGCUGGACGCACAGACUAUAGGGUGCUCUGGGCCCUGUUUAAUCGAGCUUGCAUUCUAGAGGUACAAGGUUAUUCACAAAAGUGAGAAUUCAAACUUAAUUUCAAAAUUAAUGUCAAAAUGGUCGAAUUGGAAAUAUUCUUCACUAUGAUACCGAUUGGCUUAAAUGUGAAAUUAUCUUUGAUUUCACCUCACUGAUCGCUAUUAGAAAGUUUAAUGAAAGUAUUUAUUUAUUUAAAUAAUCCCCUUUAAUUCAUCAGACUGUAAGAAAUGGUGGAAGCAUUGCACAGUGUCAUUUAAAAAAAAAAAAUCAUUUAAAAAGUGGUUUACAAAGAAGGGAAUUAUUGAGAUCACUCUCAUUUUGAAGCAUUUCCUGUGCUCGUGCUACAGACAUUUCAGAUAAAAGUUUGGUCUGAUGGGUGUUGGAAAGAGAUCAUUAUUUGCAGAGAUUGCAAGUCUGUGGAAGAAUUGAUAUUUCUGGUAGGUGAUUCCAUUCUAUUGGGGAGCUCUGUAUUCAAAGGGAAAUAUAAGCUAAAAUUUAUGCCCCCCUAUAUUUAAUGCAUUACAUGGAUAAACAAUUAUGUAACAAAAUCAAUUUAAAAAGAAAAAAAACAACAUAACAAUCAAAAAAAUGUUACUCUUAAAGACCACCACUGUUUAUGGUAUAGUUAGUUUACCCCAAAGAAAUUACUAAAGAUGCGUAGACUGUUAUAAAUACAGACAGCAGUAAUAUUGAGAUUGCUAUAGGACACACGGACAGAUUCACUCCUUAGUGCACUGGGCUAUGUGUGGCUAUUGACAUGCGCAGACUAAUGCUGCGUGGUUCAUUCCAAGUUGUGUGUGCGGCUGGGAGAAGUUGGCCAAACUUAGCACAGGACUUCUAAACCUGACAUUUGGCUGCCUGAUUGACAGCUCUGGGAGACAUCCCACACAAAGCUGCGAUGGUGCUCAGGUGACCCCUAAUGCAUGCUGACAAAGCAUCAUGGGACUUGUAGUUCUGCAACAGGGAUUCUAUCCUGGUUUACUGUCUCCACUUGUGACAUCAUUCUAGGGCCAAAUAUUUUAUAAUUUCUACAUUUGCUACUAGCCAACACAGUGAAUAUGAAUGAAAUCUCACACAAUGCACUAACUAACUUGUAGGUACAUCAUACCGAGACUCACCCCCAGGAGAUUGCUAAAUGCCAGGAGUGUGACGCAGGUAGCUAGUUCACACUAUGGUUUCGUUUACUUGGUGAUAAAAGCAGUGGGAGUUACUGCUGCACUUAGAAUGGCAAAUCUUAGUAGCAGACUUUGAAACAUGUUAUCUAAAAAUAGCAAGUAGCGUCUGCCCCCUCAUCUCUCCGCAGCGUUAGGUAAUAUAUGGUGAGGGUGGGGAAAUGUUUCCAACCCUGGAACCUCUCUUAUUUAAUCACUGUCCAGGUGGGACCAGCCCCUGGCCUAAUUAUAGGACAUUAAAGGACUGAUAACUUGUACCUUCCAGCCCCACUUUGUAUCUGCAGUUCAGAUUUAACAGUCUGUAUCAAAAGGAACAUUAAAUACCAAUAAAAUGUACGGUGUAUGAGUUGGCAGUGCCCACUGGUAGAUCAACCACACGUGUCAUCAGAGGGUCCUUUAGCCUUGAUCUAAGGCCACUAAUCGUUGACUUGCAGCGUGAAUUUAAUAUAACAUUGAAACAUAACAUCGCUUUGAUUUGAAGACCAUAAACGCAUGGCCAUAAGUGAGGUCACAAUUGGCAUAUUCUCAGUGUUUUGGCUAUUGGCUAAUCUUUGUGUCAUUCUGGAACUGUCUGUGGCGUUGGCACGAUGUCCGUUAAAGCACAGAGUGUACGUCUGGCCGUGUAGCUGCUUGGAAGCUUCCUUGCUGCAUGCAGCAGUUGCUCUGCUAAAUAUAAAGUAGUCGCUGUGCAGAGCUUUAAAUAUUGCAUGAAAGUAGAGCAGUGUGCAGGCAGCGUCCCAUGGGGACUGUGCAUGCUGCACCCUCUGAACAGCUCGAUGCUGGCUUUAAUGGGAAUAUCGCAAAUAUAGGAGAAUUCUGAUAGAUACCUGAUUACUGAUCCUGUACUGUAUACUGACCACCCAGCACUGUACAUUGAAUAUUGAUCCUGUACUGUAUACUGAUAGUAUAGCUCCGGUAUUGUGUAAUGAUUAUUGAUCCUGUACUGUAUACUGAUAGUAUAGCUCUGGUAUUGUGUAAUGGUUAUUGAUCCUGUACUAUAUACUGAUAGUAUAGCUCCGGUAUUGUGUAAUGGUUAUUGAUCCUGUACUAUAUACUGAUAGUAUAGCUCCGGUAUUGUAUAAUGAUUAUUGAUCCUGUACUGUAUACUGAUAGUAUAGCUCCGGUAUUGUGUAAUGAUUAUUGAUCCUGUACUGUAUACUGAUAGUAUAGCUCCGGUAUUGUGUAAUGGUUAUUGAUCCUGUACUGUAUACUGAUAGUAUAGCUCCGGUAUUGUGUAAUGGUUAUUGAUCCUGUACUGUAUACUGAUAGUAUAGCUCCGGUAUUGUAUAAUGGUUAUUGAUCCUGUACUGUAUACUGAUAGUAUAGCUCCGGUAUUGUAUAAUGGUUAUUGAUCCUGUACUGUAUACUGAUAGUAUAGCACCGGUAUUGUAUAAUGAUUAUUGAUCCUGUACUGUAUACUGAUAGUAUAGCACCGGUAUUGUAUAAUGAUUAUUGAUCCUGUACUGUAUACUGAUAGUAUAGCUCCUGUAUUGUAUAAUGAUUAUUGAUCCUGUACUGUAUACUGAUAGUAUAGCUCCGGUAUUGUAUAAUGAUUAUUGAUCCUGUACUGUAUACUGAUAGUAUAGCUCCGGUAUUGUAUAAUGGUUAUUGAUCCUGUACUGUAUACUGAUAGUAUAGCUCCGGCAUUGUGUAAUGAUUAUUGAUCCUGUACUGUAUACUGAUAGUAUAGCUCCGGUAUUGUAUAAUGGUUAUUGAUCCUGUACUGUAUACUGAUAGUAUAGCUCCGGCAUUGUGUAAUGAUUAUUGAUCCUGUACUGUAUACUGAUAGUAUAGCUCCGGUAUUGUGUAAUGGUUAUUGAUCCUGUACUGUAUACUGAUAGUAUAGCAUCGGUACUGUAACACUGAUAGUGACUGCAGUAUGUCCAGUGACUAUAGAUUUUCCACUGGUUCUGUAAGUGUAAUGUAAUCAUAUAAGCAGUUACUACUCAAUAUCCAUUAUGUGUAAAAUGUCCAGUGACUGCAAUGUGACCUUGGGCUGUCAGAUUGUGAUGUGUUUGGUGGUGAUCAGUGAGUGUGUGAACCAGGAAAUCUCAUGUUACCAUUACCAGAAAUGGGGAACUUUAGGUGUUUUACCUCCAUUGAAGGAAAUGCUAACUAAUAUACCGAGCCUUAUGCUCUGUUUUUCUUAUCUUCUCCUUGUAUACGGUGAACAAGGCAGGUCGUGUGUCUCUGCUCAGUAUUUUGGAAACCAUGGAACCUAGAUAUUUAUUUUGGAUGGCAAACCCCUUGCUCCAGGUCCAGUACAGUUCUAGCAUCAGUAUGCGAUCAAUAAAAUCUGCUGGUAGCUCUCCUAAAGUCAGACAUCUUAAAUGAACUUUGCGGUAGUGAUUAUGGUGUCAAGAGUCCCCCGGCGCUCCUCCCAAAGUAGUCAAACUGUUUAAGAUAUGACAAUCUGGGGUCUGCGUAUUGGCAGAAAUUCCCUCCAGGAGUUUCCGUCGGCUCCACCGAGCUACAGCCAACACAUUGAGUGAGAGUGUCAGCUGAAUGCUCUCAGCCAAUGAGUGAGGCUCUGCACUGCCAGGCGUAGCUUACUAGCGCUUCCUUGCUAUAAAAGAACCUGCAGCGUGCUCCCAGGGGUCUCCAGGUAAGCUGUCAAACCAUGACUGGUCUGUAGUUGUUAUGGUACUUGGAGUUAUCCUUUAAGACUUGGCCUUAGGGUUGUAUUACAAUUAGUAUUGAUAUGUGGGUGUAUUUGUUUUAUUGAUUUUGCUGUCAUAUUAGUGUGUUUAUUUGUACUUUUAUUCGCUAUAACUGAUGAACCAUGAAUUGCUUUUUGGGGGGGUGUGGUGGCUAGUGACUUUGAAACUUGAUGCGACAAUAGACUCUACCAACUUCAGAAUUUUUUUUAAAUUUUUUUUUUUAAUUAUUUUGAAAAUUUCCAUAAAAAUCUUGACCUGAUUAGUUGAUUAAUUGCUCUGCCCUGAAAGGCCUUAUUCUGCCAUUAUUGAGUGUAAAGUUGGCAUUUUAUUUUUUUCCAACACAGACAUAUGAUUAGCCCUUAUCGUGCCAAUUGAUUUUGUUGGAAAACCAUAAAUAAAUCAUAUAAACUGGGAGGCACCAAGUUUACCUUCCCAUACCAGUCUCCCCUGGGUGUAUGACCCUUUUUCACUGCCUGGAUAACGGUUAUAUUAAUACAUUAUAUUGGGCACGUGGCUGAUCAGUGUACAUAAUGUGUGGCCGUGCGUAGACCACGUGUGUCAUUGUUUAAAGAAGCGCAUAUUAUGUGUGUACUCUUGUGCAUCUUUGUGUGUACUGUGUUGUGCCUGCAUACAUUUACUAUAAUUGAUGUAUUCUCUUAAUAAUAAUAUUUUUUUUUUUUAACGUUAAAAUGGCCACAUUUGAGUAAUUUUCCGAGUCCGCCAUAUUACCAGCUCCGCCAUAUUAGCCUAAAUCAUGCACUUCCUUAGUCUUUGUUACUCGGCUCCUGUUUUAAUAAAUAAUCCCCACGAGCCUCGUAUUUUAGUGAUUUAGACUAUAUGCAUUUGGACUAGGGGUGCUGCAUACACAGUGUUUUAUUCUACACCUAUAAUCCGUACAUACUACACGGUUACUGAAUGGAAAGUACCGUCCAGGAGUAUGUAGAAUUCAUAUGCUGCAGACAGGACAUGAAAUCGCUUCUCAAGGAGAUUAUAAAAAGCCUUGUUUAGGUAACUGACUUGCCUCCCGCUGUAUAUGAAUCCUAUUUACUACAGAGUAACACUGCUCAUGGAUUCAUGAAUAUGUUUAAUAAAUAUAUUUCCAAGAAAUCCAUAAGGCUCUGACAACCCUAAUUACUUAUUAAUAUUAUUAGAACUUAAUAAUUUGGGGUCUUUAAUAAAAUUAGGGUGUUUCCCAUCACGUGAGGCUUUGUAAUUUGGGGUGCGGUCUGGUGGCGAUAUUUGCUCAGGUUUUAUUUAACCCCUUAAGGACACAUAACUUGUGUGACAUGUCAUGAUUCCCUUUUAUUCCAGAAGUUUGGUCCUUAAGGGGUUAAAUAGGCUCAGAGCAGACUUUCACCAGUUUGGCACUAAAACUGUUUUAAAACAACACCUGCGCCUGUUUCUACUGAGCACUAUAUAUAGCUCUCGUUCGCUCAGGUUACCCUGUGCACAAUAGAUUUACUGUGAAAGAGGUCACGUUAUUCAGGUUGGGAAAGGUGAGCAUUAUGGGUAUGAAAACCGAGAUUUAAAGGGAAUCGUUAGGGGACGGAUCUUGGUAUCUCACAUUGUCAGAAUGGGCAGACAAACCUAACGGAUCUGUUAUUGUACACAUUCUGACCGGUGAUUGAGGCUACAUUACACAGACAUGUAAAGAAUUUCAGCUAUUUAAUUCCACUACUUAGAGCCUUUUGCUGUUACUCUGUGAUUUUAGGCAUUGAUUCUUUACAUUCACAUAGUUUCAAUUAAUACGAAAGCAUUGUAAUCAUUUCGCAGAUUCCUUCCUCAAAUUUAUCAGGAAGAGUUAAUCAUCUCACACAUGCGAACGCUUCUUGUUUUGUGAAAUUGAAUACUUUAUUUUCCAGUGUGUUUUGCAUGUGAAAUAACAUCUCUCUUUACACAUCCGUAGAGCGCUGAAAACACAGAGGGGAUUUACCUGGACACGGAGAGUGCAUGCAGUGACUCUGAGCUUUUCCCGGAUGAUGAUAACAUGACACUGUCCCAGAGGGAUCCCCACCAUGAGUCUGACCUGGACAGCGCCAUCGGAAGCACGAACAGUUCUGAAACAUCAGACGAGUGUAGGAGUGAGGAUAAGGCUGGAACGCUUGAAGGGCUCUACCUACCUGGAGAUCAGUGAGUGGGGAUUUAAUCUGUCUUUAAUGUUAUGUUUUUCUAUAUAUCUACGUUUCAUGCACUGUGUCUAAAAACAAGCUGGUUCAUACAUCAGGGACUUUUCAAGUGGGUUGGGAUAUGAUUCAUCAGGUCUUAUUAAAGGGGCACUAUAGUCAUCAGAGCAAGUUUAGCUUAAUGAAGCAGUGUUUUGUUUUUUUCAAUUCUUUAUUUUAUUCGUGGAAAGUGUGAACAGCCAAAUUUGCACUGCCACGAUAGCUGGUGCAAGCGAAUAUGUAUACAUAUAACAUCAUUAGUAUGGCAUUGAAAAACAUUGCACAUUUUUUAUAAUCAGAACAGGAAACAUGUUAAAGGUUAAACAAGCUUGUGCGAUUCGACAUGCUGAUAGACUGAGUUAGUGAUUGAUUAAUUACUUAUGUAUGAGUUUAUUCGCUAAGUCGUGCGUUAACCUAGAUUUUCAUGAGAUAGGUAAAAUGAAGCAUGCUUCGUAUCAGUUCGGUAGGGGAAGGGGUAGUUAUUUGGGUGGCUUGGCUGGGUGAUAUAGGAGGGGAUGAGGGGAGGGGGCGACAAGGUCGGUAAGGCUUGGGGACUGGGAUGAUCCCCGGGGGAUUUUCCCGAAGGUGCAUCCCCCUGCCUAGUCUGUCCCGCAGGGUGGGUUGUUGGGUAGGGUUGGGAAUUCGAAGACCCACGGCUCCCAAAUUUUGUCGAAGUGCUUGGUGGUGUUGAGUACCAGGGCGGUGAGUUUAUCCAUUGUCAUUGCUUCAUUGAUUUUGUGUUUUAUGAGGGUUAUGGGUGGUAUAUCUGGGCUCCCCCAUUUUUCUGCAAUUGCUCGCCUGGUGGCUAGCGCUAGUUUGGCUAUCAGUUUGUUUUGUGCCCUUGUGGUGUCUCUAAGGGGUCUAGAGAGGAGCCAUAGCCAUGGGUCCAUCGGGAUGGUGGUGUGUAGUGCUUGCGAGGCUAAUUGCACUAUCUGUUACCAGAGUGGGAUUAUCUGCGGGCACUCCCACCACAUGUGGAUGUAUGUUCCCCGAUUUCCACAUACCUUCCAGCAGAGGUCAUUGUCCUUUUGUUUCAUUUGUUUCGUAUAGAUCAUGCCUGUAAUCAAUUCUCUGUCAUUUAGUCGUUAAAUUACUUUUGUUUGUGUCCAUGCAGCCCUAGCCACACUUCUCCUGGCUGUGACUGACACAACCUGGAUGAAAACAAUAUGGUUUCAUUUUCAUUCAGAUGGUAACUUGAAUUAGAUGUUUUUAUCUCCUUCUCUGUAAAUUGAACUUUAAUCACACACAGAAGAUUAAAGGGUAUAGCAGGUUAUUAACACUGCAGGAGAUAAGAAAUUCUAAAUUAAACAGUCUGUCUAAUAAAGAUAGUGUUAACAUUAGAUCUCUCUUUACAGGAAGUGUUUAGGAAGACUGUACAAGUCACAUGCAUGAAGGUGUGACUAGGGCUGUAAACAAAGUAAUUUAACUUCUAAAAAGCAGAGAAUUGAGCAUUGAGAAUGCAGGGACAUGAUCUAUACACCAAAACUGCUUCAUUAAGCUAAAGUUGUUUUGGUGAGUAUAUGGUCCUUUUUUAUAAGAUUGCAGAUCUUCUAUCCAACUCACGGCUAACUUCGUAUCACAGAUGCUGGAACUACAUUUCCCAUGGAGUGAUUGAGCAUUAUGGGAUUUGUAGCUCAGAUAUAUCUGAAGUUGCCAAAAUUAGCCAUCUCUAGUCUAGACUCUUUUAUUGCUAUGGAAACAGGAAGUAAAUUAAACAAACACGAAAUGUUUAGCACUUCAAACCAACGAAUGUAUUUCCAUUUAAUACUUUUUCUUACUUGUCCUGUGAUCUCCUUGCUGUCUCUACAGUUUGUCCUCAUCUCGUAUUCUUUAUUCCUUGUAUCAGAUUCUGGUGAUGAGAUUUGUUAGAGCAUAGUUUGUCUUGCCUGCUAAUGAAGGUUGAUGAUAUCACUGAUGUGUUCUGUGUGGAUACACCUUCCCCAAUCUAUGGAUGUAGCGAUGUUUUAAAUCUGACAAAAAAAAAAACUAACAAAGAGUAAUGGUCCUCUUCACAUGAUGGAUUGUAAGAUUCUCACUUUUUCUUCCUCAGAAAUAUUCUCAAUCCUUCCGCAACGUCUGACUUCUGUUCUCAUUCCACGGCUUCGCUGAUUAGCAACGAGGAGCAGUUUGAAGACUACGGAGAGGCAGAUGAUGUUGAUUACAACCCUGGCAGCCCCUGUCCCGAUGAUGAGAGCAGAACAAAUGCAUUUUCUGAUCUUGGCUCAUCUGUGUCUUCCAGGUAUCGUAUUUAGACAAACAGUGUUCUAACCAUUGAUCAUGUCUCUUAGGGUAACCCCAUAAUUCCUGCUGUUGUAUAAUUUACUAUGUAUUUUUUUUUUAAACUAAGGCUCAAUAGCAGCUUUCUGCAGUGACAGACUAGAUAAAUCGCAAACUCGAACUAAUUUCAUACAGAAACCAAGCCCUGUCCCUAGAAUAGAUUGUGAUUAGCUCACUAUAUGAUUCACCUUCUCAUAAAAGUGCCACUAAAUGUGUCUGUUAAAUAUGUGAACGUUUAUAAUGACCCAUGCUAUAUUCCUUACACAGCACUCAUUGUUUCUUGCCCUUACAGGGAAUAUAUUAUAGGAAUUCAUUUAAAAAAAGGUUCUUUUAAAAUAAAUUCUCCUUAUACCUUGUGUGUUUAUAAUUUUCUAUGUGAUUUCCGUAUUACAGCGCGGGGCAGACUCCUCGGAAAAUGAGGCAUGCGUACAAUGGCGAGUUACUGGACAUGUACUGCUCGCAGUGCUGCAAGAAAAUCACUCUACUCAACGACUUGGAAGCCAGACUGAAAAAUCUCAAAGCCAACAGGUGACUUCAAAGUGACGACUUGUCUGUCUAUAGAGUUCUUUCUCCAGUGUAAUUAAAGGGCCUCCAGAACAGUGGUGGUGUUUUAUGUCUACAUUUAAAUAAACUGAUAAAACUAGCUUGUAGAUUAGCAAGCACUCAUCAUAUGUAAAAGAGAGAUUAUGGUGAAAUGAAGAACAGUGAGCAGUAUGUAUUGAAGAGAAAACCUGGUAGUAGGAAAAACAAAGUCUGAUAAAACAGUGAGAAUAUUUUCUCUAUAAAAUGCAAAGUGACAUAAUAUGGAGGUUAAAACUACAUAGAUAUUUAUAUAAACAUGCUGUUCUAUAUUUGUGACGGUAGUAAUCCGUAUUCCCAUCAAAUAUUCCCUUUUUCCCAAUAACAGAAUAAUGCCAAUAAUCUACAGGGUAAAAUAAUGCUGGCACCGCCAAAUAAUCCACACAUGAGCCAAAGCUUAAUGCUGGAACAAGACUGAUUUAUUCGAAGCAACAGGCAUUCAAUUUAUACAUUACAAGCUCCUCCUCUGGGCCAGGCUAGCUAACUGAGUUUCAGCAACAUACUAAACUCAAUUAUCUGCUGGCCAGAAAAAUUACUAUUAUUCACAAUUUUUAAAACUAUACUUUAUGCACAUCAUAACAAUAUAAAAGCUGAGGAUACUGUGAGCAACAUAUUUAAUUUGCACGAAAAUCUGUUCGGUACUUUUUGUGUCGCAUCAUGUGUAAGUUUGACCGACUUGCCAUGCGGUUGUAUCCGAUACAGAGUUCCACAGAAUUGGUAGUAAGAGCCAGUCUCCGUUCGGAUAAAAUAGUUAAAAUGCAGAUGGUUCGUGGAGAAUGCUCCCUUCGUUCAUUGUUUGAAACUCCCGAACACCGUUCGUAUACUGUAAGUGGAAAUAGAUCAGACGGGACUUCCACGGGGAACAGAUGUUCGUACGAGUGCUAUGCCGAAAACAGUUCCAGGCACUCAACGACCAAGUCCCGCUGGCCGCGUUCGGGAGUUUAAGAUGGCCACCAUCCAUUGUUCUCACCGCGUGCGUUCGUAUGCACGAAAUGGCGGCCACCUAGGAGCAUUCAAUUGCUUUGCGGUUUUGUGUGGUUACAUAGGGUUUCCAUGUUCUAAUUGCUACCCAGGGUGGUCUCUGUUUGGUAAAGCGAAUGAUUUACUGAAUGAACAAAUAAAACGAAUGCUUUCAAGGCACUUAAAUAGCAGGGAGGGAAAACAGCCGAAUGAAUAUAGGAGAAUCCUUCACAAUAUUUAUUUCCAUAAUAUAUGCAUUUAACUAUAAAUAGUUUUGAUCAAAUUAGCCUCUAUACGUGCCUGUAAUAAAAAUUUUGAUCUAUGAAUAUAUACAUGAAUUCCUCCUUGGUUCCUUAGUGAAGGAAUAUUCUGAUGUAUUAAACUUUAUGUAACUAGGAACCAGGUAUUCUAAAUGUAAUGAUUGAUCUCUCUUAUCCUGCAGCCCCAACAGGAAGAUUACCAGCACAGCCUUUGGGAGGUAAGAUUUUUUAAUUUCAUUAUCGAUACUAUAGUUCCGGUUCCUCGUAGUUGGUGAAAAACGUUUACCAUGAACAAGUAUGUACCUUAGUAUGGUAGCCAGAUCCGCAACGGUGCCUAGCAUAGCCACUGUCCCUCUGCGGUGCCCUGCGUGGCCACGCGUCUCUCCGCAGUGCCCUGCGUGGCCACGCGUCUCCGCGGUGCCCGGCAUGCUGAAAUAUGUUGCUGCAGAAGAAUGUUCUUAUACUAAGCGACAGUAUAUAUGGGGCACCCUACUAAUCACAGCUUUUUUAUUUUUUAUUUAUUUUUAUUUUUUUGUAGGCAACUUCUCCACAAUAGUAACUUCAGCAGCAGCAACGGGAGCACAGAGGACUUAUUCAGGGACAGCAUUGACUCCUGUGACAAUGACAUCACUGAAAAGGUAAGCACCACCGCCGGAGUGUGUUGGGGAAUGUGUGAGAGUCGGAGUGUGUUGGGGAAUGUGUGAGAGUCGGAGUGUGUUGGGGAAUGUGUGAGAGUCGGAGUGCGUUGGGGAAUGCGUGGCAGCCGGAGUGCGCUGGGGAAUGCGUGGCAGCCGGAGUGCGCUGGGGAAUGCGUGGCAGCCGGAGUGCGCUGGGGGAUGCGUGGCAGCCGGAGUGCGCUGGGGGAUGCGUGGCAGCCGGAGUGCGCUGGGGGAUGCGUGGCAGCCGCAGUGCGCUGGGGGAUGCGUGGCAGCCGCAGUGCGCUGGGGGGUGCGUGGCAGCCGCAGUGCGCUGGGGGAUGCGUGGCAGCCAGCGUGUGUUGGGUAUCAUGAAAAUAUCAGAAAUCACUGUUAGAUCAGUUAGACAUCCCGAUUGUUUCAGUUUGGAGACCUGCCUGAGUAUUCAUGGCAAACAUUGUCUAAAAUGAAGAAAUAAAAUAAUGAUUCCAUUUAGCUUUAAACCAUGUAAAUCAUUGUAAAAUCAUGUUAACAGCACUGCACACGUUCACACAGUUGUAACUUAUGUGUUCGUUAUGGAAUAAACUCAACAUAUUUCAAUGUUACGUCUGGCAGGUGAGCUUCCUUGAGAAGAAAGUUUCCGAAUUGGAAAAUGAGAACCUCACCAGCGGGGAUGUGCAGAGUAAACUGAAACAUGACAACACACAGCUGGUACAUCGGUAAGACCUCAGCACAGCGCCAUGCCAGCUUUAGGGCAUAUAAUGGGUACAGAGAAUGGAGAGGGUGUACAUAGACUGUAAUGGCCGGGGAUGAGAGUUACAUAGACUGUAAUGGCCAGGGAGGCUGUAUAACGAGAGUUACAUAGACUGUAAUGGCCGGGGAUGAGAGUUACAUAGACUGUAAUGGCCGGGGAUGAGAGUUACAGAGACUGUAAUGGCCAGGGAGGCUGUAUAACGAGAGUUACAGAGACUGUAAUGGCCGGGGAGGCUGUAUAACGAGAGUUACAUAGACUGUAAUGGCCGCGGAGGCUGUAUAACGAGAGUUACAUAGACUGUAAUGGCCGCGGAGGCUGUAUAACGAGAGUUACAGAGACUGUAAUGGCCGGGGAGGCUGUAUAACGAGAGUUACAUAGACAUGUAGUGGCCGGGGAGGCUGUAUAACGAGAGUUACAGAGACUGUAAUGGCCGGGGAGGCUGUAUAACGAGAGUUACAGAGACUGUAAUGGCCGGGGAGGCUGUAUAACGAGAGUUACAUAGACUGUAAUGGCCGGGAGGCUGUAUAACGAGAGUUACAGAGACUGCCAAUGGCGGGAGGCUGUAUAGCGGAGAGUUACAUAGACAUUAGUGGCGGGAGGCUGUAUAACGAGAGUUACAGAGACUGUAAUGGCCGGGGAGGCUGUAUAACGAGAGUUACAUAGACUGUAAUGGCCGGGGAGGCUGUAUAACGAGAGUUACAUAGACUGUAAUGGCCGGGGAGGCUGUAUAACGAGAGUUACAGAGACUGUAAUGGCCGGGGAGGCUGUAUAACGAGAGUUACAUAGACAUUAGUGGCCGGGGAGGCUGUAUAACGAGAGUUACAGAGACUGUAAUGGCCGCGGAGGCUGUAUAACGAGAGUUACAUAGACUGUAAUGGCCGCGGAGGCUGUAUAACGAGAGUUACAGAGACUGUAAUGGCCGGGGAGGCUGUAUAACGAGAGUUACAUAGACUGUAAUGGCCGCGGAGGCUGUAUAACGAGAGUUACAUAGACAUUAGUGGCCGGGGAGGCUGUAUAAUGAGAGUUACAGAGACUGUAAUGGCCAGGGAGGCUGUAUAACGAGGGUUACAGAGACUGUAAUGGCCGGGGAGGCUGUAUAACGAGAGUUACAUAGACUGUAAUGGCCAGGGAGGCUGUAUAACGAGAGUUACAGAGACUGUAAUGGCCGGGGAGGCUGUAUAACGAGAGUUACAGAGACUGUAAUGGCCGGGGAGGCUGUAUAACGAGAGUUACAGAGACUGUAAUGGCCGGGGAGGCUGUAUAACGAGAGUUCUAUAGACUGCAAUGGCCGGGGAGGCUGUAUAACGAGGGUUACAGAGACUGUAAUGGCCGGGGAGGCUUUAUAACGAGAGUUACAUAGACUGUAAUGGCCGCGGAGGCUGUAUAACGAGAGUUACAGAGACUGUAAUGGCCGGGGAGGCUGUAUAACGAGAGUUACAGAGACUGUAAUGGCCGCGGAGGCUGUAUAACGAGAGUUACAUAGACUGUAAUGGCCGGGGAGGCUGUAUAACGAGAGUUACAGAGACUGUAAUGGCCGGGGAGGCUGUAUAACGAGAGUUACAUAGACUGUAAUGGCCGCGGAGGCUGUAUAACGAGAGUUACAUAGACAUUAGUGGCCGGGGAGGCUGUAUAACGAGAGUUACAGAGACUGUAAUGGCCAGGGAGGCUGUAUAACGAGGGUUACAGAGACUGUAAUGGCCGGGGAGGCUGUAUAACGAGAGUUACAUAGACUGUAAUGGCCAGGGAGGCUGUAUAACGAGAGUUACAGAGACUGUAAUGGCCGGGGAGGCUGUAUAACGAGAGUUACAGAGACUGUAAUGGCCGGGGAGGCUGUAUAACGAGAGUUACAGAGACUGUAAUGGCCGGGGAGGCUGUAUAACGAGAGUUACAUAGACUGUAAUGGCCGGGGAGGCUGUAUAACGAGAGUUACAGAGACUGUAAUGGCUGGGGAGGCUGUAUAACGAGAGUUACAGAGACUGUAAUGGCCGGGGAGGCUGUAUAACGAGAGUUACAUAGACAUUAGUGGCCGGGGAGGCUGUAUAACAUGACACCACGUCAUCUUUUUCUGCUUGUUCCAGGGUUCAUGAGCUGGAAGAACUUCUAAAAGAUCAGGAGACCAGGUCAGAGCAGAUAUUGGACGAGGAAUUUAAACGUCACCGAGAAAUGUUCGGCAAACUCCAGAAGGAAAAAAACACAGAGAUUGAGCUACUGAAUGCCAGGUAAUGUUUUAAUAUUUUUACUUUGCAGAAUAAUAAAGCUGGUACUGUCCAGCCCUAAAGGAAUUCCUGUAAUCCAGUAGAGUAGUGCCGCGUGUUAAAUGUAAACCUGUAAACCUGGCAUUGGCCAAACUCUGCUCACAUCUUUAUGGGUUUAGUCCAGGUGUGUUCUGUUCCUGUUCUGUUCUGUUUUAGGUCUAACUUGUUAUAAUCCUAGUUUUAAUGUUGAUUUCAGAUUAAAUGUAUGGCAUAUAGGGUAAGGGAUUCACAUCUAAAGAACCCUCAUCUGGUCCAGAGUCACUAUGCUAGGUCUGUAAUAGAUCUGACUUUUAAUAUAUUGAGCCCAUCUAUGUUCUGCUAUAGAAAAGAAAAGAGGUGUCUUGUGAUUAACAAUAAAUGACUGGCGAUGUCCCAUAAAUGUCUUCGAAAAAUCCUUUGGAUUCCUGUCGUAUAUCUAAUUUUUAAUCUAGAUCGCUUUGUCCCGUUAUGUCCCUAGUUUGAAUAUGUGGUGUACCAAGUCAAUCUUAUGUAAGACAUUUCAUAGUUUUGUAGGCAGUUAUUUGUUCUUGAUAAGAUAUAUGCUGUUGUAGGCCAUGUAGCCAUUGUUCUGGGAUAAGAUGUUAGGCCAGAUCUGUAAUACUAUAGCCAUGUGCAUAUUCUAGAGCUAGACUGUAGACGGGCCAUUCUGUUCCAUGUUGGCUUCUAGAUUACUACAUUGUUCUCUGUCUGGGAUAUUAAUAUUGUUCUGGAGUCGAUUUGAGUUCUAGGUGACACGUUAUUCAUAUUAUCGCCCAUAACUUUGCACACUUUCCAUUUGCUGUUGUAUAGUUUUUAUAAUUUGAAAUAAAUUCUUUAAUUAAAGGGAUCUAGGGAAUCCCAGCUGAACUCCGACGUUUUGCAGUUUUACGUCCAGAGAGGUCUGUUUGUUUCUGUGUUCCCGGUAGGCAAUGUUACCUUGGUUUCAAUAUUCUUCCAUCUCUUCAAAACACUGGAAAAUGAAUUCAUUUAAAUCAUUUCCUCCUGUAAUUACCAUGUUAAUGUUGCUAAUCGGCUCCUCUGAUAUAUUUAUACGAUGAUAUUUAUGUGGAAUUUCUAGUUUCUCAGCAUUACCAUCUACAGUCCAUUAAAUCAUUACUUCCAGAGGCUGCAGAGACAUUGUUUAACGGAUCAUAAAAAGAUAUCUGUGGGUUUAUCCACUGUACCCUGAGUCACUUAGAGCUGUCAACGGGCUCUAAAUAUCUGGGCCCAAACAGUGGGGUAGGAAAAUUCUCCAAAUUUACUAUUUUAUCCUAAAUUCUUCAAUCAGGUUGUCCAGUCAGUCCAAUUAUUAAAUAAAGCCCCAUGAAUAUAUCUGGUCGUCCAGUUAUAAUUUACAAACUUGUUUUGUAAUUCAGGGUUCAGGAGCUCGAGGAGGAAAAUGAGGACUUACUAACGAGCAUUACCAGACUGAAAUCCCAAACUGAGAAAAUAGACGAGGUUAGUACAGCCAAACAUAGGACCGCCGUUCCAGUAUACAGAUCUCGCCUCGAUUGCAAUGUAUAUCUAAUGCAAAAUGAGAAGUCGUUCCUGUUUGUACAGCUUGCAGUCUAAGCGGGGAAUUGGAACCGGGCAGGUUUGUGUUUCCUGUUUCUUACAGCAAUAUUGGACACUAAUCUAAAUGGUUAAUAGUGCCAUGAGCCAGGGCAGUAAACAGACAGAUGCUAGAAAUCUUAAACUCUGCUUUCUGUCACUGUUCAUUCUUAUCUGAAAAGGCUCAGAUUAACACUUCAUUAUCUUUCUGUCUCAACCAGUUGAAAAAUAACUUUGAUUCCUUUUUUCUGCGACAGGAAAGGCAGAGGAUGUCCGAUAAACUGGAAGACACCAGCUUACGGCUUAAAGAUGAGAUGGACCUAUACAAGAAAAUGAUGGAUAAAUUGAGACAGAACCGUCUGAAUUUCCAGAAAGAAAGGGAUGCCACACAAGAAGUGAGCAGAACCCAAGAGGCCAUUAAGUUCAGAACUAGUCAUUAAUGGAAUGAGUAUUUUAUAGCGAGAAAGGGAUAUUUCCUAUCUGUCUUUAGUCAACUGAUAAUAAUUUGUGGAGAUGUACCACCACUAAAACAUGAAGGGGCUUUAGCCCUUAAACAAAUAGAAUGUUUAGGGGGUGGUGGUGAGACCUCAAUGGAGUGCUAAAUUGAUAGAUUCAUUUGAGAAUUAUAGGGCCAUGUCCUCUCUCUCUCUGCUUCCCUCAAUUCACAAUAUCUUUUUAUUUGUAGCUCAUUGAAGACUUGCGGAAAGAGCUGGAGCAUUUGCAGAUUUAUAAAAUAGAUUGUGAGCGUUCUGGACGAGGACGCAGUGUGUCUUCAGGGCUUUGUGAGUUUAAUUCCAAGACAAGAGAGAUGGAACUGGAACAAGAAAUCAGAAAGCUGAAACUGGUAAUUAAUCUAUUGUUAACACUAUCUUCCAAAACCCAGCCAUUCCUGGGGUCUUCCAAAGAUAUAUUUGGGGUGGGGUGUCCACUAUCAGGCCAUUAUAGUAGUCUCCAAACCCCACCCAUUCCAGGGGUAUUCAAAACCCAUCCACACUGAGUAUUCUAAAACACGUGGGGCUGUGUUUGAGAUCGCAUGAGAGUUCUGGCAAAUGUUUUUUUUUCAUUGACCAACACAUUUUACUCUUUAUGCAUGUCUAUUAAGAAAUGUGUUUAUUUGAUAGGAUAACCAGAAACUUCGGGACCAAAAUGAUGAUCUAAAUGGACAAAUCCUCAGCCUCAGUCUGUAUGAGGCCAAAAAUCUGUUUUCCACCCAGUCCAAGGCUCAGUCCCUGGCUGCCGAGAUAGACACUGCCUCCAGGGAUGAGGUAAGAGAUGCUUUCUUCCCCAGAGUUCCUCAAGAGCAAACCCUCUGCAGGAAUCAAAUACUCCAGAGGAAUACUCUGUAGUUCAGACUAUAUUAUUUAUGAAACUUUUUUUAAGCAGUUUUAAUGUAUACAUCGUGCCUCUGAAGUCUCACUGAUCAAUUUUGUUGCCAUUUAUGAGUUAAACCCUAGUCACACCCCUCUGCAUGUGACUUGCACAGCCUUCCUAAACACAUCCUGUAAAUGAGAUCUAAUGUUUACACUUCCUUUAUUGCAAAUUCUCUUUAAUUUAAAUUUUCUUAUCCACUGCACUGUUAAAUCGUUUAAUAGAUCCUGUAGGAACCUUCUGUAUGUAAAUAAAAUUCAAAUUGGAGAGCAGAAAAUAAAAACUUUUAAAGUAAGUUACAUCUGAUUGAAAGUGAAACCAUAUUGUUUUAAAGCAGGCUGUGUCAGUCACAGCCAGGAGAGGUGUUGCUAGAGCUGCAUAAACAGAAACAAAAAUGAUUUUACUCCUAAAUGGCAAAGAUUUGAGCAGUGAGACUUCAGAGGCAAUGAUCUAUACACAGAAACUGCUUCAUAAAGCCAAAGUUGUUUUGGUGCCUAUAGUGUCUCUUUAAUGAUGUAAUCGAGAAGCUACUAAUCAUGUUGCUUACCAGGGCUACAGAUUAACUUUCUUCUCCUCGCUUUCAGCUCAUGGACGCCUUAAAGGAACAAGAGGAAAUCAACUACCGUUUACGGCAAUACAUGGAUAAAAUCAUCUUGGCCAUUCUUGAAAAUAACCCUUCGAUACUGGAAAUAAAAAACUAAUUUGGACUUCUACUUAGACACAGAGUGGAGCUGGAAGUAGAUAGUGCUUCUAACUCCUCAAUAUACUGUGAGGCAUUCGUAAAUAUAGUUUUAUAGAUUUCACUCUGAUGUGUUUCAGUGGAUUUCUGUUGCUUUGGUAAAGCCGUAACUUCGUGAACAAAAAAUAUGCCAAUAUUUUGCUUUUUCUUUUUUUUUUUUUUUUUCCCCAAGACACUUUUAUGACUUUUUGCUGCUGUAUUUUAGACGGAUAGAACUGGAAGUCUUCGGUACACAUUCCUCUGUAGCUCUACUUCUAGUAGUAUGCUCAAUGCUAGGUCGCCCCUCGACUGAAGAUGCCAUUGUUUGAAUGCAUCCUGGCUUUGCCGUUUUCCCACCGAAUUCCUCAUUCCAUCCAUCAGUCGCCAGGUUUAAUAUCUGUGUGACGACUGCUGACAGCACAAGGGUUAAAUAUUACCUAGAACGCCCUAUGGGUUACAACUUGAAAACUUUUAAUGUAGGUCAGUACCUUAAACCGUGAUCUCCUUAAAAUAUGUGAAGCCCGGAAAUAAAAGUGAAGUUAGCAGACAUUUGUUAUAAAAUCACAGGAACUGUUAUUAAUAAGCAGAUUUUUUACCGGGGGAAAUGUACGUGUGAGCAGUAAAAUUAAUUACAGAAUCAAUUCAAAUGUUUCCGUUCUGGAGUUGGCCCUGUUGGCUGAUUUGCAUGAUUAGCCACUCCCAUUAAUUAACGCCACUGAUUUAAGUGUAGUUAAUUUGUCUCAAGGACCUAAAAUUUAGGAUUUAUACAGCGGUAUUUUGAGCCUAUGAUGAUUAAAGAACGAUGGGAUUAUUAGUUUAAACAUAGCGGGAGACUGCAAUGGACACCUCCGCGCUAAUCUACUUGUGCAAACUGAUGUGAAGACAUUGUAACAUAAGUGCCACUGAAAUCAACGGAGCAAAUUAAUGCAGAAGUCAUAGUAAAUCAGCCAAAAUGGCCACCGCAGAGGUUAGCAUUUGGAGAACCCCCGUUUUAAAUCUCUCGCAGGACAAGAACAUUUCAUUCUGUUGUAGGUAAAAUAUACUCUCAUGUGAUAGUGUCAGCGUGGCAUGUAGUGGUAUAGAACAACACACUUAUUAAGAACCGUAAUCAUUUUAAAAUAUUUUAGCUCAUAUGUUAGAUAUGUAAUAGUAUUUAUUAUUUUUUUUUAAAAAGACAAAAAAAACUGGGCAAAAUGUCAUUUAAGCCUUUUCAGCCCUUCUACAACAAAAUGGCUGCUUCCAGGAAGUGGAUUUUGUUGCCAAAAUAAGAUCAUUCAGCAGAGAGAAUGGAGAUAGUGUACUUCUUAAUGCAACAAUUUUUUAUUUAUUUAUUUUUUUAAAUGAUUUCCUUUUAACUCGUAAUGGCCAGGAAUACAUGUGAUGCACUGAGAUUUAAAUUAUUAAGAUUAUGCCAAAAAAAAUAAAUAAUAUAUAUAUAAAAUAAAAAAUCCCAUUGUGGUUAUGUACGGUCAAAGACCAUAAAAUAUUUCUGACUUUGAGACGCAAUAAAUACCUUUCACAAAACAUGCACUUUAAUUGUUACAGCUGGCAACAUAAAUGGUAUAAUUGGGGGUAUUCUGUUUACUAUCUAGAUAAUUAUUCACAAAUAUUGAGUUCAUACAUUUUUUUUUUUCCCCUCCAAAAUGUAGCAUUUCUUUGUUUAACCCUUCUGCUACCAGUGAAGUCAAAACCACAAAUCAGGAGACUUUGUGAAUGCCAUCCACACCCUUAUUUAUGUAUGUGAUUUGUGAUAUAUGUUGCACUUCCAGUAUGUUUAAGUACUGAAUGUAAGGAGGCGUUUCCUUUUCAUUGACUGCCUUCCGCGCGGUUCCAAUAUUGUGCAUGAAUUUUGGGUUUUGUGCCUUCAAACUGUAAGUGAUCUGCAUCUCUAUUUUGUACAUGUUCCUUGAUGGAUUUGUUGGCAUUUUUCAUACCUUGUAAAUGUGUAAAUAAACUAGAGAUUUGUAUCCCUUGUGCCACAUCUAUAAUUAAAAAUAAAAAGACCUGCGUUAUUUUUACAGGUUGUAGUAUUGUUGCUGCUUGACGGAAUGAUUUUUAGAUGGUCGGAAAAAAAAUUCAGAAUCUUUGUACGAAUACCUAGAACGUGCAAUAAGAUGCUGAGAGAGAUCCCGAAUACGUUUUAUUUAUUUUUUGAAUUUUGGCUAAAUUGUGGAGUUCUGUGAUCUAUUUGAA